CUCUUUCUAUUCUUCUAGUCUUCACUCGAGUUUGCCUGAAUCUUCCCAAAUCUCUCUCUCUCUUUCGCAGAAUCACUAUAAAUUCUAGCUUCAUCUUUCCAAACCCAUCUCAGAUUUGCAUACGCCAAGCGCUCAAACAGUUUCACAAGCUCUGAUCAAUCAAACCAAAAGGCGACAGUUUUUCUUGUUGUGAGGAAAUGGCGGCCAAGACCGGAAAGGCUAUAGGCAUUGACCUGGGCACGACCUACAGCUGCGUAGGAGCGUGGGUGAACGACCGCGUCGAGAUCAUCCCGAACGACCAAGGCAACCGCACCACCCCGUCCUACGUGGCAUUCACAGAUACGGAGCGUCUGGUAGGCGACGCGGCGAAGAACCAGGUGGCGAUGAACCCGGGGAACACCGUGUUCGACGCCAAGAGACUCAUCGGUCGGAGAUUCUCCGACCCUUCGGUACAGAACGACAUGAAGCUUUGGCCCUUCAAGGUGAUCCCUGGCCCCGGCGACAAGCCCAUGAUCGUGGUCAGGUACAAGGGCGAGGAGAAACAGUUCUCGCCGGAAGAGAUAUCCGCCAUGAUUUUGACGAAGAUGAGGGAGAUCGCCGAGGCUUUUCUGGGUCAGACCAUAAACAACGCGGUGGUCACGGUCCCGGCGUACUUCAACGACUCGCAGAGGCAGGCUACGAAGGACGCUGGGGUCAUUGCGGGGCUCAACGUGUUGAGAAUGAUCAACGAGCCCACCGCGGCGGCUAUCGCUUAUGGGCUCGACAAGAAGGCGUCGAGGAGAGGCGAGCACAACGUGCUCAUCUUCGACCUCGGCGGCGGAACUUUCGAUGUCUCUUUGUUGGCGAUCGAGGAGGGUAUCUUUGAGGUUAAGGCUACGGCCGGUGAUACCCAUCUUGGCGGUGAAGAUUUUGAUAACAGGUUGGUCAACCACUUUGUUGCAGAAUUUCGUAGGAAGCACAAGAAGGAUAUCAGCGGCAAUGCGAGAGCGUUGAGGAGGCUGAGGACGGCGUGCGAGAGAGCCAAGAGGGCUUUGUCUUCAACCUCCCAGACGACGAUUGAGAUUGAUUCUCUGUACGAAGGGAUUGACUUUUACGCGACCAUCACGAGGGCGAGGUUCGAGGAGUUGAACAUUGACUUGUUCAUGAAGUGCACGGAGACGGUGGAGAAGUGCCUGCGCGACGCCAAGAUCGAUAAGAGCAAGGUCGACGAGGUGGUUCUAGUGGGCGGGUCGACCCGGAUUCCCAAAAUCCAGCAGCUUUUGCAGGACUUCUUCAAUGGAAAAGAGCUUUGCAAGAGUAUUAACCCCGACGAAGCCGUCGCUUACGGCGCCGCAGUUCAGGCCGCUAUUUUAACCGGCGAGGGAAGUGAGAAAGUCCAGGACUUGUUGUUGCUCGACGUGACGCCGUUAAGUCUCGGGCUUGAGACAGCUGGCGGCGUUAUGACGACGUUGAUUCCCAGAAACACGACUAUUCCCACGAAGAAGGAGCAGAUUUUCUCGACUUAUUCCGACAAUCAGCCUGGCGUUUUGAUUCAAGUCUACGAGGGAGAGCGAGCCCGGACAAAGGACAACAAUCUUCUCGGCAAAUUCGAGCUCACCGGUAUUCCUCCGGCGCCGAGAGGCGUCCCUCAGAUCAACGUUUGCUUCGAUAUUGACGCUAAUGGGAUUCUGAACGUCUCGGCGGAGGACAAGACCGCCGGGGUGAAGAACAAGAUCACUAUAACCAACGACAAGGGGAGGUUGAGCAAGGAGGAGAUUGAGAAGAUGGUGCACGAGGCGGAGAGGUACAAGCAAGAGGACGAGGAGGUGAAGAAGAAAGUGGAGGCAAAGAACGCGCUGGAGAACUACGCGUAUAACAUGAGGAGCACUGUGCGGGACGAGAAGAUUGCCGGGAAGUUGGACCCUGCGGACAAGGAGAAGAUCGAGAAGGCGGUGAGCGAGGCGAUAGAGUGGCUGGACAGGAACCAGCUUGCAGAGGUUGACGAGCUUGAGGACAAGAUGAAGGAGUUGGAGGGGAUUUGCGGUCCUAUUAUUGCGAAGAUGUAUCAGGGCGGCGGCGGCGGCGGCGGAGAUGUGCCAAUGGGUGGUGGCAUGCCUGGUGGUGGCUAUGGUAGCGGGCCUACUGGGUCAGCUUCUGGAGCUGGGCCUAAGAUUGAGGAGGUUGAUUGAGGUUGAAGCCUGAGGAUAUGGAAGAAGGCUUUUGGAUGUUUUAUUUUGGUUUUUUGUUUUUGUUUUUGUUUUUAAUGUACCUUUUGUAAUUAAGCUGAGGUUUUCAGGUUAUAGUCUUAUAAAUAAAACUGUUCGAGUGUUGGUAUU